AUGCGCUUUCUCAAUACGGUGGGCGCUUUAGUGCCGGGAGUUGUUCUUGCUGGACCGCUGGCAACGAUUACUCCCUGUGCCAGUGCACCAAGCUUAUCGGCAAUUCCGAUCAUUGUUACGGCACAGCAUCAAACCGUAUCAACCUGCUUCGGAGUAUCGAAAUGUUUCCAGGGGACUUGUACUACGAGAUAUUCCCUAGACACCUUUGCGUACGUUAGCACCGUUAUCCCUGCCGCAUGGGAUGGUACUUCGAUCCACGCAACUACGGUCACUUCUACUACUCAAACGGUGACAGUGUCUCGGUUCCGCACGACAAUCACUAAAUUGGCCACCGCUACUUCAGCUGUCAUCAAGAAUGGAACCACUUCCCACGCUCCUCCAAAACCUGUUUACCUCACUGUCGCAAAAGAUUUUAUGAUUGCCUACAACAAGAUGGGCCCUUUGGCGAUACCAGGCUAUGGCGGGAGCGGUCUUUGUAAGGAAUGCAACGUGCAUCAGGACGGAAGUCGGUCUCAGGUCGUCAAUGUUAUUGAGUGCAGGUCGGGUCCUGUUGGAGCCAAGUGCAUGGGAUACGCAGAGACAUGGAUCUCUAUGCCCGCUUCUGCCUCCUCUUCAACGACCCUAACGCCUCUUUCAACCCGAUUCGUGGCUCCUUCGGCUGGGUCCUUUACUUUCACCUUCACCCUGACAGCUCCUAGUCAUAUCGUCACUGCCGGAGUCAAGACCAUUACUCUCGCGCCGAGUCCUUACUUCCAUCAUAUCGUUCGUGAGUGCCACAGGCCCCGCGAGAUUAUUGAUUUCACCAUUGUCGUCACUAAAACAAUCUCCUGGACCUUACCCUGUCUCAGACAACCACCGCGGACAUCAUCUACUGUUCCGAUUCCCACUGGCAACCAUGUAAUCCCUGGUUUUCGCGAUCCAGGUAACCGUCCAAGUUCGCCUGUCGAUGACCUAGGUGGUGAUGCUUACGACUGGACGAGCUGGGGGAGCGAUGAUGUGGUCAACCCUAGCCUCCCUCUUUCUCAGGACUGGCGUGAUUGGACUCCCAGUCAAUCUCAAUCUGUACCUAGCGCCGAAUCUACUGGCGGGUCUCCGAUUUCUAGCCUCAGCCCGACCAGCGGCUCUACAAGCAUCUCCUACACGACGAGCUCCAUUACAGGCGUCACCUCUGGGACCAUUGCAACCAGCAGUGUCUUGACUCGAUCUGUGAGCCCUACUGCCGACACUACCAGCACUUCAGCUAGCCUCAGCCUUCCACAGUCAUCAAUGACCAUUACAGCGCCAGUCAGUGGUUCUUCAGCUGCCACGACCCGUGAAGUCACGAGCAGUUCGUCUAGUGGCGCAGGGUCAUCGACUACAAGCAGCAUGUGGGUUACGACAGUCAAUACAGCAAGCUUUUCGGGUGGGCCUCUUCCUGACUCGAGUUCAACUUUAACCCUGAACUCUACGAGUAGCUCUUCCACUAGUCCUAUUUCCAUCUCAACAUCAAUUCCCAGCUCAGUUACGGCUUCGGGCUUGACAUCUCUCCUCUCCUCUAGCACAAGCUCUGUUAGCAGCGAGAGCUUUUCCGGUGCUCCGAUCUCUAGAUCCACUUCCAGCGUUACUUCUACUACGACCAGUACUUUACUCAUCGCAUCCACUACUACUUCCAGCUUCAGCAUCGGUCCGAUCUCAAGGACAACCACAGAUUCAUUCCCUUCGAACCCCACUAGCUCCACCAUCAUUGUUGCUACACCCAUUUUGGCUACGACCAGCCUAUCAAGCACGGCUUUCUUACCCGGAGCAGGCUCAUCCAGCACCUCAUUCCAAGCGGCAAGUUCAGGAAGUGGCUCCUCGGGUUUUAGCUCUAGAGCUGUACCCGAUUCUACGGCCAUCUCAUUACGUACAAGUUCGAUCGCCAGUCCGAGCCCACCUAGCACCAACCCAGGAUUGCCAACUCCAACGAGCAUCUCUUCUAGCACCAGCAUCGUGCCAGAUACUAGCUCAUCAGCUUCCCCAUCGUCUUUAACAAGUUCAGGGGCCACGACCACCUCAACUAGCAGUACCUCUAACGCCAGUGUUGGCCCGAUCGGCGGUUCAACUUCAACCCACAGUAGCACCAGCUCCAGCUCUUUCAGCACCGUGUUGACGUCUUUGACGUCUACUUCAACCUCCGUUGUCGAUGCGUCAAUUGGAUCCGCCUCCACAUCCUUCUCGCUAACUACAAGUCUCACUACUCAAUCUACGAUCACAUCUGCGAGCUCUUUUUCAACGAUCUCAGCUACAUCUCCCGCAUUCAUUGGUGGUAGCACUUCGUCGCUAUCCAGCACAACGUCGAGCACACAGAUUGUCCCUGCCCCCCCUGCUACGGGUCCCUUCUUCAUCACCACAAACUCACCCCUGAGGACUCGCAAGAGAACCGUUCAAUAUUUGGGGGUUUCAGAUGGCAUUGGGACUCUCUUCAGCGAUUCAUCGGCAGCCUCUAGAUUCUUUUUGGAUACCGCAGGUUACUUGCGGACUGAUUCAUUCUAUGUAGAUUCCAAUCUCGACCAGUCUUACCUUACUUUCUCUCUCAUUACAACCAUCAAUGGGCGCCAGUCGAAGUGGUUUAUUGAUUCCACUGGUCUCCUGUUACUACAAGCCGAGGGAUCGGGCUUCUGCGUCAAUGAACUUGGUGUUGCAUUCGUUCUAUUCGGAAGUGCAACACCAUUCAUUUGCCUCCCCGUGAUUCUGCAGACCACUGCCGUGAUAGCCAGUAAGUGA